CGUUGUGUUGUGGUGGGAGGUGGUUGUGUUCAAGUAGAGCCAUUGUGGAAUAGUGGAAUGUCGCCAUGACAGUUUGGUGAAGAUUGUUCGGGAAUAGUGUUCAUUACUUUUAUGUUUGUGUGUGUUGUUCGAUGUAGUAGUGGUAAUUUUAUGUUUUAUUUUGUAGGUAAUGUUUAAGUACAUUUAAUGCACGGAAUUUCUGACAGUGAGAAAAAGAGAAUAACCGUAAAAAUUCGCAAUAUGAAAAGAAGCCCAAGCCGUGGUACUCCACCAUUGAGAAGCAAAAGGUCCCGUUCAAGCAUUGGACGAUAUGAUGAUAGUUCGGAUGAGAGAAUAACGCCAGAGAGAAUCCGCCGUAGAAGUCGAGGACGGUCUCCUCCAAGUCCCCGAAGAUAUCCAUCUGAUAGUGCUCACAGAGACGAAUUUUCAAGAUCAAGAGAAGUAGAGAGAUCCUAUCACAGUUACAAGGUAUUGUGUGUUAGUGCUUUACAUCCAAAAGCGAGUGAUGAAGUUAUAAAAGAUACACUGUAUCGAGAAUACAAAAAGUUUGGUGAUUUGAGCAUCAGAAUAUCUCAUGAUUUAGAUGAACGUGUUGCUUAUGUGUGUUUUCGCAGUUCUGAUGAUGCAAGAGAUGCUAAACAUAGUAAGCCUAGAAUAAUUCUCUUUGAUAAAGUCGCGUUGGUAGAGCCUGUGUAUGAAAGUAGUCGCAGUUCCACUGAUAUUUACCGUAGUCGUAGUAGACCUAGAUCAAGAAGUCUCAGUCCAGAUUAUGAUCGAUAUUAUCAUCGAUCACCUGGCCCUGAUAGGCAUCGUCCUCCCGCCGAUAGAAGUUAUGAAAGAUUAUAUGGCCCUCCUCCAGUACUUCCUCACAGAGAGUUUAGAAGAGAGGGUCCACCAAUGCCUCAUCAUGAUUUCAUUAGGGGUCCUCCUAUACACCAUGGUCCUCCACCUCACAUGCCCCCAGGACCCCCCCAUCAUUAUGGCCCUCCAAGGCAUAUGGUUCAUGGAUUCAAACCGCCCCCACCUCACUUUGAGAAAACUGAAAACAAGAAGGAUAAAUUUCCAAAUUACCUCCAUCAUGUCCCUCCAGAAGAGGAUCCAUUAGCUACCAGAACAUUGUUUGCGGGUAAUUUGGAGAUAAACAUUUCAGAAGAAGAGCUACGGAGGAUAUUUGGUCGCUAUGGUAACGUUGAAGAUAUAGAUAUUAAAAGACCACUUCCAGGAACUGGAAAUGCUUAUGCUUUUGUCAGGUACCAGAACUUAGAUAUGGCUCAUAGAUCUAAGGUGGAACUCUCAGGCCAAUAUAUUGGGAAAUUUCAAUGUAAAAUUGGUUAUGGCAAAGCUACCCCUACCACACGUAUUUGGGUAGGUGGUCUUGGGCCUUGGACAUCUCUAUCACAGUUGGAACGGGAAUUUGACCGGUUUGGGGCUAUAAAAAAAAUAGAUUAUAUCAAGGGAGAAACAUGUGCUUAUAUAUUGUAUGACUCUAUAGAUGCUGCUCAAGCUGCUGUAAAGGAAAUGAGAGGAUUUCCAUUAGGAGGUCCUGAAAGGAAACUAAGAGUUGACUUUGCUGACGUAACACCUGGGUUUGGAUUUAAACCAAGACCCUUCCCUGAUGACAUGGGUGCAGGAGGUGAUUUCAGAGUCAGAGUUCCUGGAAGAGAAGAUUUCCCAUACGAACCACCAUAUGAAGCUUGGGGUGAAGGAGAGUUUGGUUAUGGUGCUCCUAGAGGUUUUCGAGGCAGAGGUGGUGGUCCUUGGCAAGAUAGAAGAGGAGGUGGAAGAGGGGCGUAUAGAGGAGCAGGAUAUCCUGGUGAAGGAUACAAUAAAGAUGAUCCUGAAUGGCCUGGGGGACGAAGACCAGAUGGUGAAUUUGAAAGUAGAACAUUUAAACGUGGAUCGGGUGAACCUGGUGCAAAUAGGUCUACUUCAAGAUCACCUCGACGACAUUCAGUUGAUAGUGAUUCAGGAUCAGAAGGACGCCCCAAUGGUGUUCUUAGUUCGGCUAGAACUUUACCAGAAUUAGCACGCAAGUGUGUAGCAAUGUGGCAGGGAGCUCUUAUUCUGAAAAAUUCCCUUUUUCCAGCAAAGUUUCAUCUUACUGAUGGGGAUACUGAUAUUGUGGAAAGUUUGAUGAAAGACGAAGAAGGAAAACAUUUACUUCGUAUUACGCAACGGCUCCGUCUCGACCCUCCAAAACUAGAAGAUGUAUCAAAACGUAUUGCUACAUCAAGCUCUCAUGCUAUAUUUUUAGGACUUUCAGGAUCUUCUGCUUCCAUAUCAGUUGAAGAUACGUCAGUUCAAACCCGUCCUCUAAGAAAUCUUGUGUCAUAUCUUAAACAAAAAGAAGCAGCUGGUGUAAUUUCUCUUGUUAACAAAGAUACUGAAACAACAGGCGUACUCUAUGCAUUUCCCCCUUGCCCAUUUUCAACAGAACUCCUGAAAAGGACAGCACACAAUCUCUCAGAAGAAGGAUUGAAAGAAGACCAUUUGGUUAUAGUAGUCGUUCGUGGUGGCACUGCUUAGUUAACUCUAGAAGCGAACAAAAAAGAUACAGAGCUGUAGUUCAGUUUUGUGACGUUGGUGGCUAACUCUUGUGGGACUUGGUGUUAAGUUAAAACGGAAUUUACAGAACGCUUUUGUUGCAACUGUCAGUGUUGUGCACUACAUGUCAUGUUUUUCGAGAAGAAUGUGUCGGAGUUGGACUUUUCUUGACCUAUUGUUUAGGUCAAACAUGUUAUAAAAAAAGUGUUGUUCAAGUUAUGUUUAUGUAUAUUGUGACAAGUUUCUUUUCUUUUUGAUGGUAUUCAUUUAUAAAUAAUAAAGGUAGACUUUAACUUGUAGACCAAUACCUUCUCGUAGCCUAUUAAUAAUCUGUAAAUUAAAAUGUUUUUAAGUGAUUUAUUUUGAAGUUUUAUCUAUUUGAGAGUUAUUAUAUUAUUUAAAAGCUUUUUAGAUCAACUGUUUCCUCAACAGUGCAGUGUGAUGUGUAUUUUGCUAGUGUAGGAAGUUGUCAAAUAGAAAUUGGUUCCAGAAA